UGGUCCUUCGAGCUGCAUGGGAAAAUAACAACUGUUUUGUUGUGACUCCAAACAGAGAUCUACACUGAUUCCUGACGUCGUGGGGAGCCCGCACUGAAGUCUGUCGACAGCCCUCUCCAGGUAGAGGAAAAAGUCCAGAAACGUUAAAUUCGGGUUCUGGCCAGUGUUUUUAUCAGUGGUCCACGGCGGUGGGAUUCAGUGGAACGAUCCAACGAAACCAGCUGCAGCGACGUUUCAGUAAGUGUCUUGCAGGUUGAAGCCAGGUGAUUGGAUCCUAAUCAAGGUGCUCCAGAGGAAAAAUUGGAGUUCACCCCGUUGGGAAGGACCAUACCAAGUGCUUCUAACCACUCCCACAGCAUGUAAGAUCGCGGAGCGACCAUCCUGGAUACAUCAAAGCCACUGUAAGAAAGUGAGUGAGAGCAUAAACUAAUAGACGCCGAUUCCCCUACCUUCUGGUGAUCCAUAAAGUGGAGAAAGGGCCGAUUGGGUAUACCCCGCCCUUUACUUCUUGCUUGUGGUCUACUCACCAGAGGAGCUAGGUGUAUCAGGUCAUCAUGAAGCUGCUUUUGAUCUCACUGACAUUGGCAGCCCUGGUCGCAGGAUGUCUAAUACUGCUCAAGAAGAACGAAGGACCUCGCAAGAAAAGAGCCUGGACACAUGAUGAUUCACAUCAUUAUGCUAUGACACAGGAUAACAUCCACCCCUGGAUGAACAACGCAUGGUAUCGAUAUAUACAUGACAGUACACCUAGGAAAAACUGUUAUGUUUGCUCCCAUAUGCCCCCAACGACACAAUAUGCCACCUUGUACGCGAAGGCAAUGAACAUAACUCAGGCAAAGUGUGCCGCAAGUUAUGCCAGCCUUGGGCAUCAAUACCAGGGAAUUGUGAUCAACCAUGGUGAACCUUUCCAGAUAGGACUACGAAAUGGCACAUGUGACGAAUGGUUCUGGGUUGACCUGAAAGUGAAGCACAGGAGUAAGGCUGGAUCAUUCCCAGUCUUUCUCGAAAACAAUGGGAAUUUGAACCACACCCUAUGCUACCGCCAAAUGAACGGAUCCACGCCAAUGGGAAACACCACCAACUGCAAAGCAGUACAGACACACGCUCCUGGAGGACCAGUGAAGAGCAGCAACAUCUCGAAUGGCACCUAUUGGGUGCAAGGAAUGGCCUGGCUCUGUGGCCAACGAGCCUAUUUUAUCCUUCCUAAGAAUUGGACAGGUCAGUGCGCUCCCAUUUUCAUAUCUGACCACACGUUUAAAAUAACCAUAGACACCACGUCGAUAACAAGGAAAAGACAAAGCACCUUAGACCCCAAGCUGCAUGAUUCCAUAUGGGGUUCCGAUGUCCCAGAGGAAUUUAAACUUUGGACUGAAAGACAAAAGGUUGCUCACGCACUUUUCCCAUGGGUGGGAAUAGGAAAACACGCUUUAAGAAUAGAGACUCUAGAGGACUGUUUCUGAAUGCUUCCUGCAAAGUCAACAGCGAACAGAACGAAGAAAUAGACGCUCUCAGGAUAAUGGUUAUGCAACAUCAGGUGGCGCUUGAUAUUGUGUUAGCAGAAAAGGGAGGUUUAUGUGUACUUUUUAACACCACCUGUUGUACUUACAUACCUGAUAACAUACAUUCUAGUAACAUGACAGAUGCUUUAAAAGUUUUAAAACAGCUCCAGAAUGUGCAGUCAAAGGAAUAUGUGGAUGGAGGCACUGACUGGCUGAGAUGGUUAUUAAGUGGCUCAUGGACUGUUUUGGUAUACAAAGGUUUAAUAGUCGUAGGAAUUUUACUCCUGUUAUUUUGUGUAUUUUCAACAUACAUUCUUCCAUGUUUAAGGAAAAUGAUUACUAAGAUGAUUUUUACAUCAUUAACGGCUUACGUUUCAGUAUCAAUGAAUGAACACAAUGAUAAGGGUGAUCCCGAUGGAGAUGAUGAUUUUGUGUAAAGUGUUGUAGUUAUUCAUAAACUAUGGUUCUAAUGACGAAGUGAUCGAAAAUGUGAAAACAAGAGGUCAUAUUCUGAUCUGUGUAAAACCAUGAUUAUGCACACUGCUAAAUUCGUAAAAACAGGAGGGAAUAUGUUAAGAGAUUUUACUGUUUUAUUAUACCUUUUUAUAAAGUCUAUGUUUUACGUCUUUAGCAUACAUACUGCUGCAGUGGAAAAUAACCACUUUUGUGUAACCGCUUGUGAAACCUGUUUCAACUACUUUUAGAGAAAAACAGGAAACGCCUAAGGAACUUGAAACGAGAAGAUUAUGCCAUAUGCAGGAGGAUGAAGACGUGCAGUAGAGUUGUCGAAAGGGGAAGCACGCCUUUACCCUUAACAGAGUUAUGAAACUAUACAUUGUGUAAACUAUACAUUGAGUGUAUAAAUAAAGAAGGCGGACUACAGUUGGGUGUGAGUCUCACUCAGAGCUCUCACCCAUGUACAUGUCUUAACAAGCUUGUUGUCUCUUUCCUUACUUACUGAAACAAA